UCUUUGCUUCUGAUUCCUAGCUGUCAAAACUCAAACUGGUUGGUUGGGUUUCCUCUUCUUCGCCAAUUUCAAUUCCCUCUGCCGUCUAGGGUUUUUCGUUUCUUCCUUCCUUCGCUUUCCGAUCUCAAUAAUUGCUUUCACAAUAUAUUUGACACAUCCUCAAUUUCAUUGCAACGUAACAGCAUGAAUUUCCUGAUUGGAGCUUUCAAGCCUGCAUGUAAUAUCUCGAUCACAUUUUCCGACGGAAAAUCUCGGAAGCAGGUCCCGAUGAAAAAGGAAAAUGGCAAAACGAUUAUGGUUUCGCUUUUCCAAAGUAAAGAAAGUAUUGCUGGGAAGGUUUCCAUAGAACCACUUCAAGGAAAGAAAAUUGAACAUCUUGGUGUUAAAGUUGAGCUCCUUGGUCAAAUAGAGAUGUAUUUUGACAGAGGCAACUUUUAUGAUUUUACCUCCCUUGUACGUGAAUUGGAUGUUCCUGGGGAUAUAUAUGAAAGAAAAACGUAUCCAUUUGAAUUUUCAACAGUUGAAAUGCCAUAUGAAACUUAUAACGGUGCAAAUCUGCGGCUUAGGUAUGUCCUGAAAGUGACAGUUAGUCGUAAUUAUGGUGGAAGCAUAGUGGAAUACCAGGACUUUAUGGUUCGCAAUUAUUCUCCACCUCCGUCAAUCAACAAUAGCAUCAAAAUGGAAGUUGGAAUUGAAGAUUGCCUGCACAUUGAGUUUGAGUAUAAUAAAAGCAAGUAUCAUCUGAAAGAUGUUAUUAUUGGUAAGAUAUAUUUUCUUCUUGUGAGGAUCAAGAUUAAGAAUAUGGAUCUUGAGAUCAGGCGUCGAGAGUCAACUGGAUCAGGAGCAAAUACUCAUGUUGAAACAGAAACGCUAGCUAAGUUUGAGUUGAUGGAUGGUGCUCCAGUCCGAGGUGAAUCAAUUCCAAUCAGGCUGUUUCUUAGUCCAUAUGAACUGACUCCAACUUAUCGCAACAUCAACAACAAAUUCAGUGUGAAGUAUUACUUGAAUCUUGUUCUGGUGGACGAAGAAGAUCGUCGAUAUUUCAAACAGCAGGAAAUUGCGAUAUAUAGGCAGCAGGAUUCCUGAUUAAGCAUCAUACACAUGUAAACUUGGAAUUCCAUCAGUAAAGGAGAACAAAUGAUUAACUGCCUUGCGACACCUCCAUAAAGCCUUGAAGCUUAGGGUUAAAACUAUCUGAACAUAGGGUUGUUUCUUUUGAAGGGCUAUAGUGUUUCUUUUCUUUUUUGUGUAGACUAUGAUUUAUUGCAGCUUUGACUCGGAAAUGGUCAAUGGUGUACAUGAUUCAUGUGUUAUUCAGGGGAAUAUAGUUGCUGUUUCCUACAGUCGUCACUAGCAUGAAUCAUGAUCAAUUUUGUUUCCCUUGUUGAUUUUUUUGUGUGAUUCCAAUGUUGAUGAGCGCUUGUCAUCAAUGAUUCAAUGAUUUCCUUAUUCUGAAUUAUAUACAUUAUGGUUCAUUUAUUAUAACCUAGCUGUCCAUGGUUGCUGUUAUUCCUAA